AAGACCCUUAACACUGCUUAUGCUAUCACACAUACACAAACAAGAGAGAAAUAUGGCAAACAAGUAUUUUCCUUGGCUAUUGUUAGGCCAAUUUCUAGUACUAGCAACCACAAUCCAGGCCAAAAUCCCAGCUCUGAUCGUCUUUGGAGACUCUUCUGUCGAUGCUGGGAAUAAUAACUAUAUUCCUACUAUUGCCAGGAGCAAUUUUGAGCCUUAUGGCCGUGAUUUUCAAGGCGGCCGGGCGACCGGAAGAUUCUCAAAUGGUAGAAUCGCUACUGAUUUUAUCUCAGAGGCUAUAGGUCUCAAGCCAACAAUACCAGCAUACCUGGAUCCUGCUUAUAACAUUUCAGAUUUUGCUGUCGGAGUAACUUUUGCUUCUGCUGCAACUGGCUAUGAUAACGCCACUUCUGAUGUUCUUUCUGUGAUACCAUUUUGGAAGCAGCUGGAGUUUUACAAGGAUUAUCAGAGGAGAUUGAGAGAUUAUCUUGGAGAAGCCAAAGCUAGCCAAACUAUAUCAGAGGCUCUGCACCUGAUAAGCAUAGGAACAAAUGACUUCCUGGAGAAUUACUAUGCAAUUCCAGGCCGAUCAGCUGAGUACAAUAUCUCAAAAUACGAAGAUUUCCUUGCAGGAAUUGCUGAAGGUUUCGUAAUGAAACUUUAUGCUCUAGGUGCUCGAAAAAUAUCCCUUGGAGGGCUUCCUCCAAUGGGGUGUAUGCCAUUGGAGAGAACCAGAAACAUAAUGAACGGCCAUGACUGUGAGGAGAGAUACAACACUGUGGCAUUUGAGUUCAAUGGCAAGUUAUCCAAUUUGGUGGCCAAUCUAAACAAGGAACUUCCUGGAAUCAAACUCAUCUUCUCCAACCCAUAUUACAUUUUGCUGCACAUCAUCAGAAAUCCCUCUUCAUAUGGAAUAGAGGUGACAUCAAUGGCGUGUUGCGGAACAGGAAUGUUUGAGAUGGGGUAUGCAUGCGAUAGAAACAGUCCAUUUACAUGCACAGAUGCAGACAAGUACGUGUUUUGGGAUGCUUUCCAUCCCACCCAAAAAAUUAAUCAGAUCGUUGCUAAUUAUGUCGUCAAGCGUGCUCUCAUCAAGUUCGACUAAUUUUUCUUUCUUUUUCCCUCUUUCUCUCUUUUUUCUUUAUAUAUUUCACCUGUUUCUUAUUAUUACGAAUAAUAAUUAGUUUUAUGCCUUCUGUAAUAUAUAUUUAUUGCCUCGCUUAGGUAAUAUAUAAAUAAUUUAUAUAAA